CUUCGCUACUAGUUCAAAGGUCAAAAAGCAGCUGUGCAUAUGGCGCAUGUUCAUGCAGCUAAAAGCGCAGUAGUUUUACCAUAGUCAUCGUGUUGGAAUUUGAGUAUUAAAAUAAACUUUAAAAGUGUCAGAUAGUUGUCGAGGAUAGUUUUGGUGUAGGAAAUGAAAUGGCAGGCCCAGAGCUGCUGCUAGACUCCAGUAUUCGCCUGUGGGUUGUUUUGCCCAUAGUCUUCAUCACAUUCUUCGUCGGAGUUUUGCGGCAUUACGUCACUCAGCUGAUUCAUAACGAGAAGAAAGUGGAUCUGCAGCAGGUGUCUGACAGCCAGGUGUUGCUGCGCAGCCGCAUCCUGAGAGAAAAUGGAAAAUAUCUUCCCAAACAGUCAUUUGCCAUGCGAAAACACUAUUUCAACAACCCUGAGACUGGAUUCUUCAAGAAGGUCAAAAGAAAGGUGAUCCCCAAAAACCCCAUGACCGACACCAGCAUGUUGACGGACAUGAUGAAAGGCAACCUGACCAAUGUGCUGCCAAUGAUUCUGAUUGGAGGAUGGAUCAACUGGGCCUUUUCUGGUUUUGUCACAACUAAAGUUCCGUUUCCUCUGACUCUGAGAUUCAAGCCCAUGUUACAGAGAGGAAUUGAGCUGAUCUCUCUAGACGCAUCCUGGGUCAGUUCAGCAUCAUGGUAUUUUCUCAAUGUGUUUGGGCUCAGAAGCAUGUACACACUCAUCCUUGGACAAGACAAUGCUGCAGAUCAAUCAAGAAUUAUGCAGGAUCAAAUGACGGGAGCCGCAAUGGCGAUGCCUCCUGAUCCUAAUAAAGCAUUUAAGAGCGAGUGGGAAGCUCUGGAGAUUGUGGAGCACAAAUGGGCCCUGGAGAACGUAGAGGAGGAACUCAUGUGUCAGGAUCUGAACUUCAGAGGACUCUUUAGCUAAGAACUACAGUAAAAACUGACGACUGUCUGAUUGCAAAUCACCAGUGCUGUUAAGAUGGUUUCAUUCACAAGCAGAUGGGAUUCUUAACACAUGACAUCUACAAUAUGUCUGACAUGUUUUUGUGAACUGUGAGCGUUGCACAUGAACAUUUAAUUUGUUGUAAGCACAGUAUAGAUCUAAAUUUUCUUCAUUUUUGCCAGAGGUGUUAAUAUACAGAAUUUCUCAUGUCUUAAUUGUGUAUUUAUGUGUGAUGCCUAUUUCUAAAGUGUUCUUAAAAUGUCAGUCUCUAUCCGGCAGAUUUUCUCUAGUGUGGUUUGUAAUUGUAACAAGUUAUUUAUUUACAAGCCAUUAUUUCAGUCAGAGAGAUAUUAUAACAGCAAAUUGAAUGUAAAACGGAUACUAUUUUGGUAACUGUACAAGAGAUAUUUAAUAAUUUAAUAAACAUUAUAUGGAACCCUAAGGUGAGGAGGAAAUCAGUUUGAGCUUGUGUCUUUGAUUGAAUCAGACGAGAGGAAAUGGUUGGUUUGUCUAAUGUUUGUGAAUCACACAGAGGUGAGUCAGAUGUUUAACACUUACACUGAAAAUACUACAUACUCGAUAUUCAAAACUCCAAAGCUUUUAUUUGAGAACUUAUGUUUAAUUUCUAUACAAAAAAUGCCCCCACAAUGCCAAAUCACAAAUUUGAUGCGUUAUACUGUGAAAUGGGCGUUUAGAAAUUUGUGUAGCAUUGACAGACUAUUUCUCAAACCAACUGAAUUGCUGUAAUAUUUCAGUUAUUUACAGCUGACCAUCUGAUGGAUUUCACUGAAAUAAUACAAGCAUGAUCGCAGGUCACACAGUAGCUCUGAUAAAUAUCUGAUUGUAUUAUUAUAAACAUGCUGCAUUUAAGAAAUUAAGCUGUGCUGUAUGUGCUUUCUGAAGCUGUUGAUUCCAGCACUAGUAAAUUGUUUUAGAAAUAAAUGCUAGAAUGAAGCCAUUUAAUUACUGUAAAAUAGU